AUGUACGGUCCCCCCCCGUGUGUGAUAGCGGCAGCGCGCGCCGUCCGCAGCGUACCCAGGGUAGAGAAAUUGCGGCGCAACGGGCCGGGGGGGGGGGGGGGGGGGGGGGGGGGGGGGGGGGGGCCCCCGCCUACGCCGCACGGUACCAGCGUCCGGUGCAGCCGGGAGUGGCGUGAGGACUCGCAUGCGGGCGGUACGCUCGCUGUGGAAGCGACCCGGGGUUGA